AUGUAUAGUGAAGAUGAUGAUCCUCAUCCAGUUGUUACAGGACAAGUAACUUCUAUUAGUGUUUUAAGAACAUACAGAAGAUUAGGUAUUGCAACCAAAUUAAUUCGAGCUGCAGAAAAUAGUAUGAUUGAAGUCUUUGGUGCUCGAGCAAUGAUGCUUCAAGUAAGAGUUUCAAAUCAACCAGCCUUACAUUUGUAUGAAAAAACAAUUGGAUUUACGUUUGUUUUAUUAUUUCUUUGCUGA